CCUCAGUCAGCACCAUGGACAGCGACCCUGCCAGCUCUCCAUAGCCCGCUGACGACGCCGUCACCUCCUGCACACACACUGAUAAACACACAGCGGGUCCCCGAGGGGCAGGGCAUGUUCAUUUUGUAAUGACGACCAGCUAAUACAGCGGAAUCUACGCUCAUGUUACUGCGGCACUGACAGCUAAACACCGUAGAGGGCAGGAUGCGGGCUUUCCUAUAGACACACCCCCGCUUUUUUUCCCCCCAUUUUUCAGCCGCCGGAAAGAUCCCCUUAUUUUGGGUUUCUCCGAUCAGCAUGCGUCCGUCGACUCGUCUCGGGCUUUUCUUAGGGUGGAGCGCCUCUAAACGAUAGCAGAUGUGGUGCACGUCUAACAAGUAGCUCGUCUCGGUUGAAGGGACGCUGCGGAGCAAGGUAGUGAAAUCUCUUCCUCUUCCUACUCCCACGCCCUAUCAUUAUUAUCAAUAGCUGCCCAGCACCAUGUCCCCUCCGGCAUCGGCUGCGACAGCGAGUGAAAGCAGUACGACCACCGUCUUCGAGGAGGACACCAGAGAGGAGCAAAGACCCCUUAAACAAUCUCUGAGUAAGUCACUAUGUCGAGAGAGUUUUUGGAAAUGCCUUCUGCUGUCCAUUCUCAUGUAUGGCUGCAUGGGAGCAAUGGUUUGGUGUCAUGUCACCAAGGUGACCCGCCUCACCUUUGACAGUGCCUUCAAAGGGAAAUCCAUGAUGUACCAUGACAGCCCAUGCUCUGAUGGCUAUAUCUACAUUCCUCUAGCCCUACUGGGCAUGCUGUAUUUGGUUUAUCUUGUGGAGUGCUGGCACUGUCAUGUGAAGAACGAGCUGCAGCACAAAGUGGAUGUGGAGGGCAUUUACGAGCGCAUCCAGAGGAUGCAGCAAGCUAAACCCUGCAUCUGGUGGAAGGCCAUCAGCUACCACUAUGUUCGCCGAACUCGACAAGUCACACGCUAUCGCAAUGGAGAUGCUUACACUAGUACCCAGGUUUACCAUGAACGUGUCAACACCCAUGUGGCAGAAGCUGAGUUUGACUACAGUCACUGUGGUGUGAAAGAUGUUUCAAAGCAACUGCUUGGCUUGGAGAAGUCUGCCCUUACAAAGAUGCGGUUCACAAAGUGUUUUAGUUUUGCUAACGUUGAAUCAGAGAAUUCCUACCUUACACAACGAGCAAGGUUUUUCACUGACAAUGAGGGCCUUGAUGACUACAUGGAAGCCAGGGAGGGCAUGCACCUGAAAAACAUUGACCUGAAGGAAUAUGUCAUGGUGCUGUCUGACCCAGAGCACCACCCCUGGUAUCUGUCUCACUAUGUCUUCUGGUUUGCCUCAUUCCUCACAUUCUCAUGGCCUCUCAGAGUCUUCACAGAGUAUCGUACUGCAUAUGUCCACUAUCGUGUUGAGAAGCUCUUUGGGCAUGAUUACCUCCCUGUGACCCCGUGUGAUGAUCGGCCAUAUUGGCGUCGUAUCCCCCGUGUUAACACCAUUGACAGUACAGAACUGGAAUGGCACAUUCGGUCCAACCAGCAGCUCGUGCCCAGUUACUCAGAGGCUGGCCUGAUGGACCUGGCCCAGUGCCCGUCCAGCUUCGGUGGGAUUCGUCAGAAUUGUGAGCGCUGCCACAGAGCCAUCAGUUGCUCCUCAGUGUUUUCCAGGAGUGCCCUCAGCAUCUGUACUGGUGCCAGCUCCCGCAUUCCCUUCAGCGGCAGUCGGUUCUCCCUGGCACGGCGCUAUGGCUCUCAGCGUAGCUGCUUCUGGAGGAGCGGCAGCUUGGAUGAUCAGGAGAGUCCCAGUGAAAACACACACUGCCUAUCAGAGCGCCUCACCACAGAUGAUGAGGAACCCCCAGACUAUGAGGAUGCACUUUGCUACCCAGUGCUCAUUGUCCACUGCAGCGAGAAUUGCCACAACCACAGGUCCUUCCACAGAAAUGGCUCCUGUGUGGAGACCUCCUUAUGACUAUGCAGUCACUGAUAAAACGCAGUGGCAUUUCUGUAGCAUACAAACACUCUGGACAUCAGAAACAGAGUGUGCAAACAAGUCUUAAUGUGAGAUACACAGAUUCAUGCUGUAUUGUCAUACUAUCUGAAACAAAUGCCUGAAUCCUGAAUGUGUGAAUCACCAAAGCAAUAACAGUGAUUAGUGAGUGGAGAGCACAGUGACAGUGGUGUUUGAACCUACUAGGUUACACACUCAUGGAAAAACAAUAUCUGUCUGGCUUCCAAUGAAAACCAAGCAGACAAUGACUGUUACACUGCACAUCAUUGCCAUAGCUUUUAAGAUCUCAUAUGUACAGUAUGAAACUGAAACUGAAGCUGCAGUUACCUCAUAAGACCUUUUCAGAGGCCACAGACAACAUGGACAGGCUUAAAUAUCUCAUUCAUUCAGUGAAAUCUCAGUGACACAAACACAAAAACAUCUGAAUGAUGACAGAUAAGUCAGAUAAGGUUGGAGCUGAUUAUGAUGUUUUUAACAUCAUCAAAAAUGGUAAGUAGGAGUUUCUACAAGUUUAAUAUACUUCUACUUACAGCAAUAACUGUGAAAAUAAAUACCAUCUUCUCAAGUGAAAAGUAAAAGGAGGAAUAUUGAUUAAAUAUGUUGCGCUUAUGCAUAUCACACUGACACUGGUCAACAUGAAACCCUCCAGUCUGUUAGAGACAAAUGAACUCUUGGAUAUUCUGACUCACUGUUAUACCAGUAUGUGAUGUUUCAACAGUUUUAUUUCUUAUAUCUUGAAGAAGUGGCGUAAUUUACUUUUUUGGUGUACCUACUUUUUCUCAACCUGCCUCAUCUUUUUUCUACUUCAGUUAAUAACUUUCUACAUUUCCCAGAAUGCCUUUCAACAACCCCAGAUAACAGGUAUAAGCUUAUUUUCAGUUGUGGGUUAUGUGCAUAGGUGGAGAGUCACAUAAUGACAAUAAAAAGAGAGUGACGCCUGUUUUAAUUCAGACAAGCAAAUCUGACGGCUGAAUUGCAUUCUGGUCUAUUGAGGCUUAUAUAACUGAUAUUUAUGCUUCUUCUUCAGUGGAUUUCUCUCUGUUUGACUGUUGACUGUUGGUGCUAUAUGGCAGCUUUUGGAUGCUGAGAGACUGACACCUAAACCUGAUGUUUACAGUUGAUGUUUUAGAUUUCUGAAACAUUUUUUCUUUCCUACAAACCUCCACUGUAGAUGUUGGAAAUAUCUCAAUGUGAUGUCACACUGUCAAAGUUCGGGUACCUGUGAGGAAAUAAGAAACAACAAAACAGAGUCAGAGAAGGUAUUUUAGGGUGGAUAUUUGCUUUAACAUUUGACUGAUUUGACUUGACUGACCCACAAGCCGGAAAGUUGUUGGUGCAAACACCAACACUAGCUAAGUACAAACACAAAAACAGCCUUCAGCUUAAACACCUAGACUAAAAUGCAUUUAGUCAUUCAUAAUCGAUCAAGCAGUUUAAACGUUUUGUCUUAAAUUAAACUUUUUUGCUGCCUACUGCCACGACGAAACCUGCUGGCAACUGUGGUACAAACACAUCGACAUCUCAUUACAUUAAUCUUGUGGUCAGAAAAGAUAAGGACAGGUUUACAUUAAAUGUACAACACAUUUGAACUGGUGGGUGUCACAUCAGCCACAAACAUUAUUAAAGUAUCUGUCUUUACCACCAAACUCUGUGUAUUCAGCAGCAAAAAGAUCAUAUGAUCAUUAAAUCCAUGCCCAAUUUUGCAUGAUUUCCUUCCGCUAACACAAUGUGUUAUAAACCAUAAAACAUACCUGAAUGUAAACCACCAGCAUCAAUGAAAAGUAUAUUCAUUAUGUGUCUAUAGUAAAGGAACAAUACUCCAUUUUUCAUCUGUAAAGUGAUGAUUUCACUGUCCAGUGUAUACUGAAUGUGCUCAGAUAAAGACAGAGCACACUAACAUGCCACCAUGUGUCCAGAGGAGUGUUUGGUUGUUGACAUGUGAUUCAUCUGGAGGAUCUUUGGCUCUUUCCAGUAGAGUUUACAGGCAGUAUAUGCAAGGAUGUAAAUGCACUUACAUUUACAUAUGGACAUACAUACAAACUUUAUAAUACUGACUUUUUUUUCUUUUUUACAUCUAACAGGAACAUAUUGUAUGCAUCCUGACAAAUAAUAUCUUCUUCUUACAUUGUUUUCAAUAAUGUAGUGAAUCCAGUAUUAUGCACUUGAAGUGACACUAGACAUUAUGAAUUGUAGUGAAGCUGAAUGUUGAUGUAAAUUCCCUUGAGGUAAUAAAAUAUUCAAGAUGAUAUAUUGACAAAUACAUAACUGCUCAGACAUAAAACAGUACACGGCAACUUAGAGCUUAUCCCUUCUUGUACAAUAUUAAAAUGUUCUUGUCAUAAUAAUCAAAUGGGCUGUAUAAAUAACUUGAUUACCUUUUAAAAUAUGUAUUCAAAUUUAUCUCAUGCUGGAAAAAUAAAAGUUGCAAUAAAUGUCUGGGGGAAACCCGUGUAUAUUU